UUGCACUGGAGUCACAGGAAGUGGUUUUGCAUUAAAAUCAAUGACAUUAUUGGCACCUUUUUUUUCUAUUGGCAAAACGCUGAUAACCCUAUAUUUGGCUGAUAGAUUUCAGUGGCUGAUAUUUCAGUGCAUCACUACUGGCAUCAUCAGGGGCGGACUGACCAUUUGGAAACUCGGGCACUGCCCGAGGGCCCGGGGUCAGUAGGGGGCCCAUGACAUGUCCCUGGUACCUUUUUCAUAGGCUUUUUUGAGUUUGGGCAAGCACACAGGGGCCCCAUGAUCCCCCAUUGCCCGGGGGCCCCAUGA